UCUCUCGGGCCUGAUGAGAGUGAGAGCUGAGUGAGCGAGUUCACAUUGAGUCUGCGCGAGCGCCUUCACUUUCUGCUGCUGCCCAUCGAAAAUAUCGCAUUUAUUUACAUACAAUUCACAGUGAAAACUGUUAGACUUCAAAAUCAGUAUCGGAAUAACAUUUUCAAGCGUUUUCCUUUUGUUUCCCAGCCGUAUCGGACUACAGGACAUGGAUAGAUGGAAAAGUUUCGCUGUUUGUUGGUGUCUGUGAGGGGAGUUUGAUUCGGGCGAUGAGUCCCGUGAAGAGAUUUUACACAUUUGACUGGAAAACACUCAGUUAUUACGCUUAUCUACACAAUUAACCACUUAUUAAACUCAGCAGUGGAGAUAUGACUAGAAGCUGAUCUCUCUCCCUCACACACGCACAUGUGCUGGAAGUGCGAUGUUGAGCUGUGAAGCAGAACUGUUGAUGGCUGGAUGUAGGGGGCCAAUGGUGUGUUAAAGGCGCCAUGGGGAGCUGUUGUAGCUGUCCCGAUAAAGAGGUCAUCCCUGACAACCAUCACAACAAAUUCAAAGUGAUAAACGUGGAUGAUGAUGGUAAUGAGCUGGGCUCGGGCGUGAUGGAGUUAACGGAGGAAGAGCUCAUUCUGCACACGCGCAAACGAGACGCCGUGAAGUGGCCCUACCUCUGCCUGCGUCGAUAUGGGUACGACUCCAACCUCUUCUCCUUUGAGAGCGGCCGGCGCUGCCAAACCGGUCAAGGGAUAUUCGCCUUCAAGUGUACGCGGGCCGAGGAGAUCUUUAACAUGCUGCAGGACAUCAUGCACAACAACAGCAUCAGUGUUGUGGAGGAACCAGUGCUGGAGCCUGAGCUUCCAGUGACGCCACACACUCCCACCACUCCAGGUUACUCUGUCCCAACAGUGGCAAAUGGAAUCGGCCGUUACCCGUCAUUUGGCGACGCGUCCUCGCGCCCUUCGAGUCGCCAUCCUUCAGUGGGCAGCACUAGGUUACCAUCAGUGGGGGAGGAAUCAACACACCCACUGCUGCUCAAUGAUGAAACGGUGCACACUUACGUCAACACGACGGGUCUACAAGAGGAACGGCGCUGUCGUAGCAGUGGCCACGCCCCUCUGGAGCUCCGGACGUCCAAUCCCGAGAGCGCACUCCCAACGUCGGCCAAUGAGACUGAGCCGCACGUGGUUUUGGACUCGGAGGGUGUAAAGUUUGUUUUAGGCCCUACGCCUGUCCAGAGACAGAUGCUGCUCAAGGAGAGCCCGCAAGAUCUCAGCGAGCGGGACGCGGGAGUGCCCGGCUCUAGCACAGAUAACGCCACUUCUCCUGCAAAGACAGUAAAUGGCUGCACAGGCCUUGCGACUGACUGCGACACCGGUUACGAUAGCGAUGAGCGCAAAGAGACGCCCCACGAGCAGCAAAACGGCGUGGUGGCACCCGUCGGGUCCGGAGCGAGACGAAACAGACCUCCUGUACCGCUUCCCGACGCCCACAACGCCAACAACUCAGCCCAGCGGCGGACUGCGCUGCUCAACUACGAGAACCUGCCGGCGCUGCCGCCCGUGUGGGAAACGCGCAAACCCAACAGCGAGGCGGAGGACGAGGACGAUCUCAAGUCGCCCUCUCUGAACGGCUUCCAUUCCCUCGAUCCCCAGCACAACUACGUCAACACGGAGAACGUCACGGUGCCGCUCAGCGCACACAAACUCUCCAGCACUCAGCCCACCGUAUUCAGCUUUGACCUCCGAAGGCUCGGGGUGGGCGACCCGCUCCGGCAGCUCAACUACAUCGAGGUGGAAAUGGACAAAGUGUCGGACUCCAGUGGACCUCACACCCCAAAAACACCCACCACACCCUUGCCACCCACCCCCACGCGGCGGACUGAGCUGUACGCCGUCAUCGACAUCGAGCGCACGGCUGCCAUGUCCAGCCUGCAGAAAGCACAGCCACGGGAUGACGGCACAUCCAGGAAAACUCGACACAACAGCACCGACCUGCCCAUGUGACCCGACCAGCACUGAUCCAGCAAACCAGUCGGUUUACUCGUCCCAGAAUGCAGGAGUUUAUCUCACGAAAACCUGUCAGGUCACAUUUCACUGAGAUAUCUAAAGAAAUAAAUCCACAUUUACCCUAUUUUCAUACCAGCAAACCCGUCGGCAUAUGUGGAGUGUUGUACAUUUUUAACUGGUGUAUGGCAAUAAAAAAGUUACUAAAAAUACUAUAUGGCAAUACUAAAAUUCGAAAUCAUCCCAUACACAUAAAUGCGCUAAUGUUCUUGUCAUGCUCAACAAGGCUGCAUUAAAAUUUGUUCAAAGAUACAGAAGAAAUUGAGAAAUAUUUUUUACAAUUUAAAAUAACUUUUCUGUGUGAAUAUAUUUUAAAUUGUAAUUUAUUCCUGUGAUCUAAGCUGAUUUUUUUUUAAAUUUUUUUCAUCAUUACUCCAGUCUUCAGUGUCACAUGAUCAUUCAGAAAUCACUCUAAUAUGAUGAUUUGCUGCUCAAGAAACAUUCCAAAAAAAUACUACUAAGCAGCAAAAACUUUUCAACAUUGGUAAAUGAUAAAUGGUAAAAAAGCACCAAAUUGUUCAAAUGAUUUCUGAAUGAUCAUGUGACACUGAAGACUGGAGUGAUGAUGCGGAAAAUUCAGGUUUGCAUCAUGGGAAUAAAUUACAUUUUAAAAUAGAAGUUGUAAUAAUAUUUCAGAAUGGUUUAAAGGUAAAUCAUUUUAUAAAACCUGUAUUAAUUAAACACUAAAGUUGUUUAAAUCCUCAUUUUUCAAUCAUUUUUAUGAUCUAGGAUUGUUAUCAUAGACAUUGAAGCUGUUUAAAAAUUCCACUGCUGAUUCCAAUUAUUAUCAUUUUUUAGAAGAAUUUAAAGAGUAUUAAUAAGUAUUAUUAGAUUUGAUCUCCUCCUCACAAACCCGGGUAUGAAUUUAUGGCUGUUUGAAAAGGCAGAAUAUCUUAUUAAAUGCUUAAAAAAAAAAACGUUAAUUUUCCGUAUGCAAAUCUAAGCUUGUAUUUCUUUAGAUUCAGGAUGAAAUAUGAUCUUGACAGGUUUUGUGAGAUUCACUCAGUUUAAGUAUAUAUUUGACAUGCCUUCAUAGCGCAGGUCUGAAACAGGUACAGAUGAGGAAACACUAAACGCUUUACCAGACCUCAUUCAUCAAUGCUGUGAUGUUUUCCUCUCCUUUUCAAAAAUAUCCAAGUGUUCGAGAUACGUCUUUUAUGUGGUUACUUCAAUGAUGUAAGUCACUCAUUUUGCACUUGAGAGCAAUAAAAGAUGCUCGCUACGGUA